AUGAAGGCUGGGUACGUGAAGUGGUACGACGUUGCCAUUGCCGAGAAGAAAAGAUGUGAUGUUUAUUAUCAUCCACCCAAAGGUCGGAAGCUUCGAUCUCGUGUAGAGAUUGUAAAAAGAAAGAAAAAUUCUCAAGAAAAAAAAUUGAAUGUGUUACAGCUGCUAUGGCACCUCUGGCAGGGGCCAGAGAAAAAGUGUAGCACCAAUAAUGACAAACACAACUUAAAAGAAAAUGAUGGAUUUGAAGUUAUUAGCGCGGCAGGAGAAACCACUGGAUAUGAAGAUUGGAUACAGUUGUCUUCAGUUCCACAGCUUGGUGCAGCAAAAUUUAAUACUAGAGAAAAAAAUGGCUCUAAGAAACAGAAGAAAGUUGAAGAAGAAAGAAAAAUUCUCAAGAAAACAAUUGAAUGUGUUACAGCUGCUAUGGCACCUCUGCAGGUGCCAGAGAAAAAGUGUAGCACCAAUAAUGACAAACACAACUUAAAAGAAAAUGAUGGAUUUGAAGUUAUUAGCGCGGCAGGAGAAACCACUGGAUAUGAAGAUUGGAUACAGUUGUCUUCAGUUCCACAGCUUGGUGCAGCAAAAUUUAAUACUAGAGAAAAAAAUGGCUCUAAGAAACAGGUACAUUCUUGUAAGUCCAGUAAUAAGUAUCAAGAUCUGAAUAAAGUAAAAAACAUUCUAGUUCAUGGAGCAAGCAGUAAUACUACAUUAGAUGGUAAAAAUAAGAAUAAUUUGAUGGAAUAUGAAAGUAACUCUGAGAUGUUUCUGUUAUCAACAAAUAAAAACUCAGUGUGCAACGAUCUCACACUUGCAAGACAAAAUAAGCCAGUGUUGGGUGUUAGUUCUGUCUUAGACAAAAUUAAGUGAAGGGAUUCAGGGAAACCGGUUAUUUUCAUAUAGUCGGACUUGAGUCCUAGAAAUGG